AGCCCCGGGCCCAGCAUGCGCCUGUCGGUGCGGAGGGCACUGCUGGCAGCUGGCUUUGCCCUGGCCCUGGUGCUGGUGGUCCAGCUGGGGCAGCAGAUGCUGGAGUGCCGGGCGGUGCUAGGGGGCCCCCGGCAGGCCAUGUGGCUGGAGCAGGAGGACCUCGUGAUGGUGGGCACGGACCACGUGGAGUACCUCUACGACAAGCCCAUGCUGCUCAUCUUCGUGGGGAGCGAGCCCUGGAGUGUCACCACGCUCAUGCAUGCGAUGCUGGACGCCCACCCCAAGGUGCGCUGCGGGGAGGAGACCCGCAUCAUCCCCCACGUGCUGGCCACCCAGGCCUGGUCCAAGUCGGGCCGGGAGAAGCUGCGGCUGGAUGAGGCAGGUGUGACAGGCGAGGUGCUGGAUGCGGCCUUCAUCUUGGAGGUGAUCGCCAAGCAUGGAGAGCCGGCCCUCGUCCUCCGUAACAAAGACCCCUUCACGCUCAAGUCCUCCGUCUACCUGUUGCGCCUGUUCCCCAACUCCAAGUCCCUGCUGAUGGUGCGGGACGGCCGGGCCUCGGUGCACUCCAUGAUCACCCGCAAGGUCACCAUCGCCGGCUUCGACCUCAGCAGCUACCGCAACUGCCUCACCAAGGGGAACAAGGCCAUUGAGGUGAUGUACGCCCAGUGCAUGGAGGUGGGCAAGGACAAGUGCCUGCCCGUGUACUACGAGCAGCUGGUGCUGCACCCCCAGUGCUGCCUCAAGCUCAUCCUCGACUUCCUCGGCAUCACCUGGAGCAACGCUGUCCUGCACCAUGAGGACCUCAACGGCAAGCCCGGCGGCGUCUCCCUGUCCAAGAUCGAGCGAUCCACAGGCCAGGUCAUCAAGCCCAUGAACCUGGAAGCUCUCUCCAAGUGGACUGGCCACAUCCCUGGGGAUGUGUUGAGGGACAUGGCUCAGAUCGCCCCCAUGCUGGCUCGGCUCGUCUAUGACCCCUAUGCAAACCCACCCAACUACAACAGCCCCGACUCCAUUGUCAUGAACAACACACACUGGGUCUUGAAAGGGGAUGAUAAAACACCAGCCAAGCUGAAAGGCUAUUAUCUUCAGGUGAACCAGAAUAGCACCUCUUCCCACCUAGGAAGCUCAUGAUUUCCAGGUCUUUGCAAAUGGCUUUGUUGCCAGAAGAGAAGAAACUUUGCAUUCGAGUGGAAAUUGGACCUCUAAUCCAAGCAUAUUGCUUGCUAUUA